AUGGGGGCAAGAUUGGAACAACAACCAAUUCGACGGGAAGUCCCUGAAGAACAACCUAGGAGAGUGAUAAUGGUUAACAGAGACCAGGACGCAGACGAAGUAAUUCAUAGGGUUAGGCGGGAAAAUAUGAUGGAAAAUGACCUAACCAAAUUACCAAGGGGUUGUAAAAUCCCUAAGUUCACCAAAUUCUCAGGGGAUACUAGUGAAUCCACUAUAGAGCAUAUAGCCAGAUACAUGACUGAGGCAGGGGAUUUGGCGAACAGUGAGAACUUGAGGAUGAAAUAUUUCCCCAGUUCUUUAACAAAGAACACCUUCACGUGGUUUACGACUUUACCACCAAAUUUCAUAGAUGCUUGGCCCCAGUUAGAAAGAUUGUUUCAUGAACAAUUCUAUAUGGGCCAAACUAAGAUAAGUCUUAAGGAACUAGCCAGCAUCAAGAGAAAAUUCACCGAACCUAUAGAUGAUUAUCUGAAUAGGUUCCGCUUGUUAAAAUCUAGAUGCUUUACAAUAGUACCUGAACACGAGUUGGUCGAAAUGGCCGCUGGAGACGAAGAGUCUAAAAUUGCUGAAGACCCCUAUGGUCUUGAGGAAUUCGAAGUAGAUUUGGCAGAAUUAAAAGAAGCACCACCCUACGCCUGCAAAUUACUUACACCUUCGAAUGGCAGAAAUACUGUCGAAACUGAAAAGAACGAUAGGUUUCCCAAAAAGACUUACACAUUUGAUCUCACCAAAUGUGAUGAGAUCUUCGAUCUAUUAGUAAAAGAUGGCCAAAUGAUAGUGCCUCCUAAUACCAAGAUUCCUCCGGAUCUUAUUCAGAACGCAAUCAGAGAUGGCCGCCUCAAGUUCGCUGACAAAGGAAAAAACCAGAUGAAAAUUGAUAUUGAUCCCCUUAACGUUGCUGAGACCAACUAUGCUGAACCUGUCGAAAUCAACAUGGUUGACGUAAGGGAAGUGGAAGCUAUAGAAACAGCAGGAACUUAA